AUGCCGACAACCAGCACGCUUCUAUCCUGUCUGCUUAUCCCCAUCCUCGCUCUCGGCAUAGCCCGCACUUAUGCGCUCGUUGCGAAUUACCUGCAAGCAAGGAAGCUGAGAAUACCCAUAAUCGUGACACCAGUCUCAUCGCAAGAUGCUUUCUGGAUAAUCAUCCAACCACACCUUACACGAUUCCGCAAUGUGCCUGGGCUGCGUACCGCUGUCACGUUUGGCUAUCACUCCUGGGCACAGAAUGAGCGCCAUCGACCGCACCAGAAGUAUGGCAAUGUCUUUGCCAUCGUGUCGCCGAAACGAACAGAAAUAGUCGUCAACGACCCAGUCGUUGCCGUCGAGGUGCAAUCGCACUACAAAACGUGGCUCAAGCCCGGGCCUCUGUACGAGAUCUUUGACACGUUUGGACCCAACGUGAUCAGUCUCAACGGUGAGGAUUGGCAGCGUCAUCGAAGAAUCGUCAAUCCCGCCUUUCGAGAGCAGAAUAACAAGCUCGUCUGGAAUGAGUCCUUGAGACAGGCGAGGCAGAUGAUCAGAGUAGCUACGGAGCGACCAGGUGCCCACCAAACCAUGCUUGACGUGCGCAACGACUGUGUUUUGAUCGCAAUGCAUGUCCUUUCCGCCGCGGGUUUCGGGCACGUCCACGACUUUGACGGCGGUUUCCGCGAAAUUCCCGAGGGACACAGCACCAGCCUGGCGGAGGCAUUGAAGUUUCUCCUUCAGAAUAUCAUUUUCGCUGUCUUGUUCAAGGAACUGGCUGUGCUACGCUGGAUCUUUCCGGCACUUUACCGACAAAUCAGAGACAUGACGGAAGAGUUCAGACAAUACAUGAAGGAAGUGAUAGCGUACAACCGAGCCAUCACGCUGGGCGGGGGUACCAGCUACAGUGCCGAUAUCGUGAGUGCGCUGGUUGAGGCUGAUGAAGCAGCAAAGGCAGACCAGAAGAGUGCGGCAAGUGCAAUUGGCAUCACGGCCAAACCAAUGCACCUGACUGAUGCCGAGUUGCUGGGCGAUCUAUACGUUUUCAAUCUGGCUGGGUUCGAAACAACCGCAAAUGCGCUGACUUACACGAUACCAUUCCUUGCCAUCAAUCGCGAUGUGCAAGACUGGGCAGGGCAAGAGAUCGACGCGGUGCUGAAAGGGCGUGACAUGGAAAGGCUGAGUUAUGAAGACGUCUUCCCCUCUCUUGUGAGAUGUUUGGCUCUUAUGUACGAAACUCUUCGCCUCUGGGGUCCCGUGCCAAACACAGAGCGGUGGUGUGUCGGCGAGUCAACCACCCUACGCGUGGGUGAUAAGGAACUGCUGGUUCCUCCUGAAACGUUCGUCUCACUCAACCUCUACGCUGUGCACUGUGACCCGCAGUGGUGGGGGAAAGAUGCACUGGAAUGGAAACCGCAACGAUGGAUCAAGGUAGAUCCAAAGACAGGCAAGGAGGCGAUCGCUCUCCCACACCCGGGAGCAACAUUCAUACCAUGGAGCGUCGGGCCCAGGGUCUGCCCGGGUAAGAAGUUCAGUCAAUUAGAGUUCGUGGCGGUCAUUGCGGCUCUGCUCAAGGACUACCGUCUCAAGCCGCUGGCACUUGACGGCAAGACGAAAGAGCAAGCAAGCUCGGCGCUCCUCGACGUUGUAGAGGACUCUAUGAAUAUUAUCACGCCGAAAAUGCGUCGGCCGGAGGACGCUGGUGUGGUCUUUGUGCGGAAAUAA